CAGUUACCAAACGUCAUGGUUCACUCACAUCAACAUAUGCACCAUCGCCAGCACGCGAGAGCGGCCGAGAAUGUCGUACCGGGACAGCUGCCUUCCAGGACCAACCCCAUGGAGCGAUCCAGAGUAAUCGUCGCCCGCACCACAUGUACCAACGACUCCGAUCCAGGCUGCACUAAACCCACGUCCACACCCACCAUCGCCAUUGCUCUGGCUGUAAUUGUUCCUAUUGUUCUGGCUGCAGUCGUGCUCUUCUUUCUGCACAGAAGACACUUGAGGAAGCUUCGCGAGGAGGAUGUCAAGGACAAGUACAAGUCGCUCGACUUUGGCAUGGGCCCCGCCACGGGAGCUGCUGGAGCCAACAAGAAGGGUCGCAGGGGAGCACCCGAGAUGAUCAACACCGACAUGGAGAAGGCUGGCACCCGGUCAGCCCACGAGAAGGGAAUGUCGAUCGACAUGGACGUUGCAAGCCCAUAUAUCCUACCAGCCGGUCUGCACAGCUCCCGCGAAUCAUUCCACUCCCUCUCUCGCUCUACCCACGAUCCGCACGAUCCAUAUGGUCCUGUCACCUUCAACAACGGCGCCGACGGUUCCAGCAUCCACAGUUCAUCCCGGCCCUACAAGCACGACAAUAGCUCCGUCUACACUGCCUCGAGCGCCCCCAACGAUGGCUUGUUGAAGAACGCCCAGAUCAUGCCCCAUUCGUUGCCUCCCAGGACACAGUCCAAGUCGCCAGAGAUGAAAUACCCCGACCCUGUCGCUGUUCCCCUGAGCCCUCUCAACCCGCGCACUUAUGAAGCCAUGCCUCCACCAGCUGCCCCUAAAUCGCCGUCUCCUCCUCCUGCAGUCUCCACGUUGCCACCUGUUCAUGAAGCGAGGGCUACCGCCAACACCAGCCCCAAGCCUUUCCCCCGAGUGCAAUCCCAGGAAGCUGUUGUUCAGUCCGACGCGAAAACCACCAGUUUCAUGAGCAAUUCGAGCUUUGGUGAUGGUUUCCAGGUUACUCCUCCUUCUCCUACCCAGGCCAAACCCACAAUCGAUAAGUCUGCCGAUCCCGCUACUCCCGCUCCGUUGGCCCCCCAGCCUCGCCGCCCCGAAAGGCAAUCUCAGGCUUUCGGCCUGGGUGUGGAUGAAUCUGCCCGCGGCGCCAACCGCCUGUCCAUGAGCCUACGACCCCUCCCCCCACCAAGUGAGGAGACGAACGAAAGUGCUGAACAACGUGCAAACCGUAUCCGAUCGUUUUACAAGGAAUAUUUCGAUGAUUCCAAGCCCGAGCCUGAGAACCCGAACAUUUACAACGACUAUUACGACGACUACACUUCGGAGUAUCUCGAUGGUACCGUCUUUGAUCCGGAAACAGGUAGCUUCGUCGUCGCACAUGCUCAAGGUCCCCAAGCGCCAUUUGCUCAGCCUGUCACUCGUCGUGCCAUGACUCCUCCACCUCGUGCUCCCCCGCGAUUCCGCAGCAACACAGGUCCCCGCGGAGCUCACAUGUCUGGAAGCUCCAUGGCAUCGUCUUCUCGAUUCGCGCCUCCUCGUAACAUGUCUUCCAUGAGCGGUCGCAUGGGUCCCAGGAAGCCCGCACCUCCACCUGUGCAGCUCAGCUCUCUGCCGACGCCCGCACAGCUGAAGGAGGAUACUGCGCUCUUCAAUGCCAUGGACUUCGCUCCUCCCGUCUCUUUCCGUGAGAGGCAAAAUGGCAUGCGCCCAGAUAGCCCACUGGGCAACCCUCGGCCGUUCAGCCCGAUGGUCAGGCCGCACACGCCUUUGGCAAGCGCGUAUGAUGACCUAGCAGCGAUGCCUAGCCCUCAUCUCCUCCGCAAAUCGGGAACUUUCACCGCCCUUGAUUUUGCUCCUCCUCCCAGGUUCCGUGAUGCCGACAACAUGUCAGACGCUGGCUCGAUCCGAUCCAACCGUUCUGGCAUGUCGCACGCUGGUAGAAUGGCUGUCCGAAAUGGCGCAUACCGUGUCAGCAAGAUUCCCAAAGAAAUGGUCACCACAAGGGAUGACUUGUCCGCUCAACUCCGACCGACCAUGGACAUGGUGUCCAAGGCAUAG